CCGUCGUUGAGUGUGUUAAGGAUCUUCGCACCACUUUUGACUCAUUUAGCGCUACGAAAGGCAAUUGAGGAAACCUCUGCGAGAGUUAACACUAAGCAAGACUUGUUUUUUAGUGCUUUGACAUGCCAAAUAUCUGUCGUCGUAUUUUACGUUCCAUUAAUAGAAAGCUAUGCAUCUAUGUCAUAAGUGUCCUUUUGCCCCUCAUCUUAGCUCCUCUGGCGGUUUCCCCUUACAAGGAAUCGAAAUGUGCUUAUGUGUUACUCCUAGUUGCUUCCUACUGGUUAUUGGAGCCUGUUCCUAUAGCUGCAACAGCCUUACUGCCUGUCGUCCUCUUUCCACUCUUAGGCGUUGUCAGUUCAGCCGAAAUAUGUUCAAACUACAUGAAGGAAAGCUUCAUGAUGUUCAUCGGUGGUCUCAUUGUGGCAAUCGCAGUGGAAGAUUGCAUGCUGCAUGAGAGAAUAGCUCUCAAAGUUCUCCUCAUCAUUGGAACAGAAAUAAAAUGGCUUAUGCUAGGUUUCAUGUUGACCACCAUGUUCCUAUCCAUGUGGAUAAGCAAUACGGCGACGACCGCCAUGAUGGUACCUAUUGUCGAUGCUGUCAUAGGAAAGAUAUCCAAUGUUACAAACAUCAGUGAUAUCCCUCUAGAAGGGAGCAAUGAUGAAUCUUUAACGGAAAGUAAGCAAGUGGACGACCGUGAAGAGGACAAGAAUUCUGUGAAAAUUUCAACCACAGAGAUCGAAACUUCAGAUUCUCGUCCUUCCGUUAUUAAAGUGGCACUUCUGUUGAGUGUCUGCUAUGCGGCCAAUAUAGGAGGAACGGGUACAUUAACUGGGACAGGACCUAAUCUCGUACUGAAAGGUUUGAUCGAAGAGUUGCAUCCUGAAAGUGAAGAAAUCACUUUUGCAACUUGGAUGAUGUACAAUGUUCCUGGAAUGGUUCUGUGUGUUCUGACUGGAUGGUUUUAUCUAUGGUUGGUGUACAUUCGAUGCUCAAAUGUUAAUCACAACUUGGUGUCGAAAGAAGCCAUCAAAGCCAUUAUUUCAAAACGAUAUGCCAAGCUGGGCUCAAUGUCAUACCAUGAAAUGGAAGUCGUGAUUCUUUUCCUUAUCUUGGUUGGCUUAUGGAUAUUCCGAGAUCCAAAGUUCAUUACAGGAUGGGCCGAAGCAGUGGGAUCAGACACAAAAAUUGGCGAUUCUGUUCCAGCGAUUGGAGUGGCCUUUCUGAUGUUCUUUGUGCCGUCGAAUCCCAAAGAUUGGAACAGCCGUCCCAUUCUGGAAUGGAAGACAGCUCAAACAAAACUGCCGUGGGGUGUCAUAUUGCUCAUUGGGGGUGGCUUUGCCUUGGCAGAUGCAGCUCAGAAAUCUGGGCUCUCAAAACUAUUAGGAAAUCAGCUAUCUUCUUUAGCUGUUAUGUCACCUGGAGCUGUAGUAGCUAUAAUUUGCUUCAUGACGGCUAUGCUCACAGAAAUUGUUACGAACACGACUACAGCAACAAUUCUUCUUCCCGUUUUUGACCAAAUGGCUGUGUCUAUUAGGGUAAAUCCUCUGUAUCUAAUGCUCCCGGUAUCUGUAGUUUGCUCUUAUGCCUUUAUGUUGCCAGUAGCCACACCUCCAAACGCCAUUGCAUUUGAAAGCGGCAACAUGAGAACUGUGGAGAUG